CCGGCUGCACAACGUUGAGAAUUGGGCGUCGUUACAGUAGUGGUCCGGCCCCUGGAUCUCUAGCGGGCUGAGCCGCUGAUCUUGGAUCUUUCUGGGUUGGCGGUUCCGAGGUCUGCUUUUCAUCUGAUGAGAAGAGAGGGUGGAGAAGAGGUUUGUUCAAGGAUGGGACUUGUAUGCACGAUGGGAAGGAUCUGACAAGCAAGUGAAGUGUGUACUUUAGUAAUCGGCAUACUUUCCGACCCUAACCCUAUCCGUGGGCCUUCAUAUCCAGAAGAGGACCUCUUCCCUCUCUCGCACCAUGAUGACAGGAUCCAGCGGCCGACACGAUAUAAGAACUUCAUCCCAUCCCUAACCCUCACCCUCACCCUCAGCACCUACCUCAAGCUGAUCAUGGCCGCCAACAUGAAGCUCUCCUUCUCCUCCCUCCUCUGGCUUGCCCUCCAAACAGCCUCCGUCUGUCAAGCCCAAAAAUACGCCUUCGCCCACGUCGUCGUCGGCAACACAGCAGCUCACACCCAAGCCACCUGGGCAAACGACAUCUCCCUCGCCCAAGCAUGCGGCAUCGACGCCUUCGCCCUUAACAUGGGCUACCCAGACUCCAACAUCCCCACCCAAGUCGCCAACGCCUUUGCCGCCGCGGAAGCCAACGACGGCGGUUCCUUCAAGCUGUUCUUCGCCUUCGACUACCUCGGCGGCGGCGAGGUCUGGCCUGCUACGGGGAGUAACUCUGUAGUGAGCUAUCUGACCGAGUAUAAAAGCUCGACCGCGUAUUUCAACUACAACUCCUUGCCCUUCGUGUCGACGUUCGAGGGCACGGGCAAUAUCGCUGAUUGGGCGCCCGGAGGCGCGAUCCGGAGUCAGGGCGAUGUGUAUUUUGUGCCGGACUGGAGUAGUCUAGGAACGGGCGGGAUUGCGCCGUAUCUAGAUAACAUCCAGGGUUUCUUUAAUUGGGGCAUGUGGCCCAACGGCGCGAGCAAUAUGACGGAUGCGGGGGACGUGGCGUGGCAGCAGGCCAUUGGGACCGGGAAGACGUAUAUGAUGGGUGUUAGUCCGUGGUUCUUUCACUCGGCCAGUGGAGGGACUGAUUGGGUGUGGAGAGGCGAUGAUUUGUGGGCUGACAGGUGGGCGGAGACUUUGGUUGUUGCACCUGAGUUUGUUCAGAUCGUGACCUGGAACGACUUUGGGGAAGCCCAUUAUAUCGGUCCCAUCUACUCUGACUCCGAAAUUGCGGCAGGGUCAGCUGUCUACGUUGACAACAUGCCUCACGAGUCCUGGAGGGACUUCAUCCCGUACUACAUCGCCAUGUUCAAGGGAAGCUCCUUCGAUAUCUCAAGAGACCAGAUGCAAUACUGGUACCACCCAGCACCGACAGCUGGUGGAUCUACCUGUGGUGUAGUAGGCAACAACGCCGAUCAGGGCCAGACCGAACUUUCACCCGACCUCGUCGUCGAAGACGGCGUCUUCUUCUCUGCUCUCCUGUCCAGUGCAGCACAAGUCCAUGUCCAGAUUGGAACCAAUGCGGUUACUGUUUACAAUGGUUCAGAAGGUAUCAACCAUUGGAGCCAACCGUUUAAUGGACAGACGGGCGUCCCGACGUUCAGUGUGGUGAGAGAUGGGAUUACGGUUAAUAGCGGGACGGGGUUGGAGAUUACUAGUACGACGACGUUGAGUAAUGGGUGUACGAAUUAUAAUGCGUGGGUUGGGUCUUUUUAGGUGAAAAUGGGGAUUGGUGAUGAUGAUUUUGGAGCGAAGUGGAGGUUUAUUCAUAAGUAUAUAGUUUAGGAAAAUGUGUAUAUGAAUAUGAGAUAUGAAAUCUAAGUACCC